UUGCUGACCAUUGGGCGCCGUCAUUUAUCCCGCACUCUUUCUUUUUCUUGUAACGCCCAUCUCACUAUUGGCCAACCUUAACAGUCUUUGACCGCCAAGGUUGUUGUCAUUCCCACUGUCUCAGACUUUUCUCUUCUCCAUUACACAUAUCUACUCGACACAAAGUCCCGGAAGCCUCUAUCAAUUUUUUGAAUUCAGCAAGGCAGGAUGAAUCGUGGAGGUGGUCGUCAGUCGAUGUCGGACUUGAAGUUGAGGCGGCUGUUGGAGCAUAACCAACGUCUGAAAGAAGAUUUAGCUCGGCCUCGAGUAAGAGUUAGUGAGGCAAGCGCAAGCCUCAUUCGUUACUGCAAGACCACGAAGGACCAUCUGGUACCUUCCGUGUGGGGACCCGUUGGUCGUGCGGAUGAUCCUUACGGACCCACACGAAGUGGGCUCAAAUGUUGUUCGGUUCAGUGAUUUCCGAUAGCUCAUGGACGUGUCACCGUGUAUUUGUUUUCUGCGAUCCUCAGCAUGCCAUCCAUCUUCCCAUUCGUAUCUAUCAGAUCAUUUACCGUUCCCGCUAUCAUUCUGUUCUCGUGCUUACUAUACCUUUCCCUCGAACGAUAUCUGUUGUAGGUCUUCUUCUACUCCACUACUACUGUACAAUUAGCAAUCUAGUUGUUAUAUCCGUUC